AUGAUGACUCUUUCCAAACAUCUCCCAAGAUUUCCAAUAAAUCAUAAUCUAUACCUAAGACGAACAUUCUCUUUUAGGCGGCGAUUAUUAAACUCAACCUCCCCCAACCCAGUGCCUGAAGAAGCAUCAGCCGGCCUUCGCGCACGACUCCAAAAAUUCAACAACCGCCUCCCCUCUUUCCUCCGCGGCUACACAACUCCCCUCAUCAGCGCACCUACUACACACAUAACAUCCUUCCUCGUACUCCAUGAAAUCACCGCCGUUGUACCUUUAUUCGGUCUAUUCGCUGUUUUCCACUACUCCGGUUGGACGCCACUGCUUUCCGCUGGCGAUGAUAAUUCAUUCAACGAGACUAUACAGCGAUUUGGGAAAUGGAUGACGAAGAAAGGGUGGGUGGGUAGUGAGGAUGUAGAGGUUGCGAAGAAAGUUUCUUCUACGGCUACGACUUUAACAGAGGAUGGUGAUAAUACCCAAGUCCUAACACAGCAGAAGGGCGCGCAAUUGGUGCUACAGUUUGCGGCGGCAUAUGUUACUACGAAAGCAUUGUUGCCGCUGAGAAUUGUUACGUGUGCCUGGGCAACGCCAUGGUUUGCGCGAGUCUUGCUCGUGCCAAUUGGGCGAGGCGUGAGGAGGAUCUUCCGAAGAACAUAA